AUGAGUGAUGAUGAUACUGAACGGUUAAUAACCUCGUCAAACAAGAAAUCUACUUCCUUCGAUCCUAUCCCAACUAAAUUGGUCAUCGAAUGCCUGGAUGUUCUUCUGCCUGUUAUUACCAAAAUUAUUAAUCUUUCACUAGAGUCUGGCAUAUUCCCAUGUGUCUGGAAAGAGGCGGAUUUCCAGCCAAGACUCAAGAAACAAGGCUUGGAAGUAAUAUUUGAAAACCUACGACCUAUCUCCAACCUCUCAUACGUUUCAAAACUAGUCGAAAGAACAGUUUGCAAUCAAUCCCAUAAUCAUCUAUCAGUUCAUCAUUUGUACCCUGGUAAUCAACCGGCAUAUCGAGAAUUUCAUAGCACCGAGACAGCACUACUGCGUGUUAAGAACGAUAUACUUAUGAACAUGAAUAGGCAACACGUCACUUUACUUGUACUACCUCAGUGCUGCGUUUCAUACCGUCAAUCAUGUUCUCCUACUUCAGCGCCUGCAAUUGAAAUUCGGUCUAUCCGGAACUAUUCUCAAAUGGUUUACAUCCUAUCUUUCUCAGCGAAUACAAAGACUUACAGUUGGCGGUGUGUCUUCUGAUAAAUUUAAUGUGGAUUUUGGUGUUCCUCAGGGGUCAUGUUUAGGUCCGCUUCUAUUCGUUCUUUAUGUAAGCGAACUACUUGAGUUAAUAAAACGUCACCUACCAGGUGCUUAUGCUGACGACACCCAACUUUAUAUCUCGUUUCGCGCAGAUUCUCGUAUCGACCAAGAAACCGCUGUCCGAACUGUUGAGAUGUGCAUUGAUGACAUCAAACGAUGGAUGCUUGCUAAUAGACUGAAACUCAACGAAGGAAAAACCGAAGUAAUUUUAAUUGGCACUUGGCAGCAACUCGAAAAAAUCGACUUCAACGAUAUUCGUGUUGGCAGCAAUGUUGUUACUUGUGUUGAGAACGCCAAGAACCUCGGCUGCUG